UUCGCGACAUGUGGAAACACAGCAAGUUCAUGCGAGCGAGCAAGAGCUCCCGGACAGCGAGCCCGCCCAGCCCGCCGUCUGCACUCCUCCUGCAACCCGGCCUCGAGAUGCAUCCAAAGACACCAUGGAUUUUUGGUCGCGCCUCCUAGCACACACGCCGCUGUCGUCAGCAGGCUCCCGCAGGGACUUCGCCAAGGAUCCCGCGCGCCGCCUGCACCGCUUCGAGAAGGAGUACAGCCAGCUGCUGCACACGUGGCGCACCUCGUCCAACCUCGCCAGCGACCACGAAGCCGCCGAGCGCAUCGAGAUCGGCCUCCAGGAGCUCACCCACAUCCUGAGCGACGAGUCCCGCCGCCCGCUGCCCCAUCCGUGCAUCGCCUUUGCUGCCGCCAAGCAGGUCUACAUCCCCGUGGCCAAGAUUGCCGCCAGCUCCUUCAAUGAGUGGAUCAUCAAGGAGGCCGUGCUCUUCUUCGCCGGUCUCGUCGAGAGCGAGGAGGAGGCCUUCGUCGAGACCGACGCCUUCGCUGCCAGCCUGACCAACCUGCUGGUCCGCAUCACCGGCCCCAACACCAUCCGCCUGGGCGCCGACACGGAAGCCCGCAUCGUCGAGCUCGCCUUCAACAUCACGACCAAGAUUCGUCUCGAUCCCGACAUCCUGACCGCCUGGUUCAAGUCGCAUCAUGAUGGCCAGCCAACGGCUAAGCCCCUGGACGGCCGCGAGAAGUUCGCCGGCAGGAUGCAGAAGCAGGACUUCCCGCUCUUCUACCUGCUGAUGGACUACAUCCACCACGAGGGCAAGGUCGGCGACUUUGCCCGGACCGGCCUGCUCUACGUGAUCGAGGCCGCCUCGAGCUCCGUCAUGCUCGAGCAGUGGAUCGUCGAGAGCGAUCUCUCCACUCUGAUGGCCACCGGCCUGGGCGCUCUGUAUAGUCAGCUGAGCCGCAAGCUCGUGAUCGACCACCCGCCCGACGAACUCCCGCCCAUCCUGGCCUUCUCCGACUAUCAGCACCCCAAGUCCAACUACGAAGUGGUCAGCUCCUGCUCCCCCGAGUUUCAGUCGCAUCUGGAUACCUUCCUUUCCCACCUGCUCUUCUGGCAGGAUGUCUUGAACCACUGUAGAUCGGUCGACGUCAAGUCGACCCUGCUGGAGCACUUUCAGGUCAUCUUUCUGCAACAAUUGCUAUACCCCUCACUGCUUGAGUCUUCCGACGUCGACGGCGGCUCGUCUGUCGCCGUCCUGACCUAUCUCCGGCGCAUAUUGGAAUCGCUGGACCAUCCCGACAUGGUCAAUCUCAUACUGCAUUAUCUGCUGGGUCUGCCUGACAUCGUGGGAUCCGUCAGCGCUGACUCCGGGGACGUCGUGAGCGCCGCCCGCAAGCGCAAGUCGCUGGACCUCGCAACCAUGAUGGCCUCCAAAGGCGGAACUGCAGCAGACCCUUUGCUGUUCAACCUCGUUGAUCUGAUCCUAGCCUGCCUCCGGUCGCAGAACAAUCAGACGGUCUACGUCACUCUGCAGCUAGUAUCCGUGAUCCUUAAGAGGCAUCACCGGUACGCUGUCAUCACCCUGCUCUACACAGAAGGCGUGCUCGGCGAGUCCAGUCACCGAACGUUGGGUGCUCACCAGCAGGAGGUCGAGUACCUCAUGUCCCUAGCAGGAAGUAUCGGGGGUCAGGACAACUUCGACGAGAUCUACGACAACACCCUGAAGGACACCUUGGUACGACUCGAGAACCACCCCUGCUCCAUCAAGCUGGUCACACCAAAGACUUCUACCCACAACCAUAAGCUGCCGGCGGUGCCCGACAGCCUGCCGGGCGCACCAAGGGACGUCCGGUCUCACACUUUACACCCCAGCGACCCGCUGCUCAACAUCGUGCUCGACCGGCUCGAGACCUUCUUUCUCAACCCUGUCGACAUCAAUCUUGCCCUGACCGAAGCCAUCUUCGACCUCGCCGCCUGUGGGUUCAUGCACCUGGAGGGCUGGUUCAUGCGCAGCCCGCAGAAUUACGUCUACGAGGAAGAGGACGACGGCCCACCUCUGCCAGAGCCGCCACUAGACCCCGAGUCUCAAGAGUACGUCGAGUACAAGCAGAUGCAGUCCAUGCAGGAGUCUCGUCGUCGCCCCAGGUGGAUCCAGUCGAGCCUCCCUCGCCUGCUCAAGAUCCUACAAGCCCUCUGCGACCAGGUAGCAGCUUACCGAGAAACGAUCCCUCGCUUCGACGACCUGCUGCAGCAGCGGCGCGAGGCUUUCCAGAUCGCGGAUUGCGCGAGCCAGCCUCUGCCUCUCCAUCCCCCGCUAGCCAAGACUCCCCUUCCACAUCCAUCAGCGGCCACAACAAGCGCUCCCGCCGCAGAACGGCCGGCAAUCUUUGACGGCAGCCGAAACACCUCGCGGGAGCGGCCAUCGGGCCUUGAAGGCUUCGCCCAGCGCAUUCUCUCCGAGCUCGGCACGCCGACCCGCUCAGGCAGCCCCCGCGGCCGCAAGGAAGCGAAACGAACCGGCUCAGACCGGUCCUCGCCCGUUCCUGUCGCCCCUGCCGAGACGGCGUUGCGACCGCGAGCCCAGUCGGGGCGGUCCUUCUCUCCGGGAAACCCGGUCCCUCACUCCGUCAUGCCCGGCUCCUGGGACGACCGGGGCGACGUCUUCGCCAGCCAGGCGAAAGCCUUCCAGGCCAUCGACCAGAGCCUCCUCGCCCGGCGGGUCGGCCUGCCCGUGACCACCAAGCCCGCCGAGAAGCAGCAGAAUGUCGAGCCCAUCGGGCUGAGCUUCGACCGCCAGCGCACCGCCGCCGGCGUGUCGUCGGCCGACGAGAAGCUCGCCGCGGACGAGGAGGAGGCCAAGGCCGCCGAGGGCGGCGGCGAGGACGCGCUGCUUGCGCCGUCCGAGGACGGGCACACGGAUGCGGAGGCGGACGGCGAGGGCGGGACGGCCCAGGGCAGCGCCGCCGAGGACCGCACCGUGUCGGUGUCCCAUGUGCUCACCAAUGCCAUUGUGCUGCAGUCGUUCCUGUUUGAGCUCGCGAGCUUGGUGCAGGUCAGAGCCGGCCUGUUUGAUGAGGUGCGGUUUGCUUAGCGCGGUGCGGGGGACUUGCCAGGCAGGGGGUAAGCAAGGGGGGGACUGGCUGGGGUCGGUCCUGCCUUCGAGGCGGGUGAUGUUGUUGCGCGGUCUGUUUGUGUCGUGUCGUGAUGUGAUGAUGGAUUGGCG